CCAACCUGACAAUGUUAACCGUGAUAGAGCUAUGUAGAUUGCCCCAUGGUUUUCACCGAAUAUGCCCUUAUUUUUCUAAUUUUCUUUUAAUUUCUUAAAAUAUUUUUCCAAAAAGUGAAAAAAGGGGGGAAAAAAACUCCACGAACCAUCGCAGGGAGCUCGACCAAAGGGUUGGCGGUCGGCGUCUAGCCCCCACUGGCGGGCGCCAAACCUCGGAUCGAGCUCAUCCGCGAUAGGCCACCAGCCCUCUGGUCGAGGUCGCAGGCAACACCAGUUAUUGCCCCAGCAUCAAGUCAAGCCUAGCUCCCUCUCUCCGAUGGCACCGAGUCCCAGCAUUGGGUGACAGAUUUGGAAAUUUUGAUCCUAGUUUGGGGUUAGUUUGCUCUUUUUAGUUUUAGUCUAAAUAAAAUCCUAAUUUGGCCCAACCCACCCCUAAGCAAGAUUUUAAUCCUAUCCAAUCCUUCCUGAUUUCUGUUUUGGUUGUCAAUAAACGCUGGAUAAUGAUUUGAGAAAUUCCAUCUUGCAUUUGUAUCAUAUUCAAUUGAUCAAAUGUGGCGUGAGAGUUUUUUCUGUUCUUUUUUUUUUUUUUUGUGUGUGUGAGUCGUAGUAUUCAAAAGGCAAUUGAACCCAACAAAUGUGGCGUUAGAGUUUUAAGAAUGGAAAGGAAUUUGACCCCCAUGAAAUUACUGUCCUGCCAUGGAUUGAACCCAUGGUCGUUUCUCGCAGUUUCCCAUCCUAUUCCUAUCCCAUCCAUCCACUGAAGCUUAUUAUUAGAAGCUAAAGUAGUUAAACGGAACUGGCCAAAAAAAGAAAAAGAAAAAAGGAACAAAUAAAUUUGAGAGCAUAUUCAACAAUGCAUGCAGGAAGUGUGUGCAAGGUUGUUAUUGAGAAGCAGAGAUGCGUGUCUAAGCUAACCUUGGCUAAGCUAUCUAGUCAGUCAAAUCAAAUUGAUCUCAUCUUCUCCUCCUCCUCGUAUACUUCUUCUUCCUUCGUCGUCUUCGUCUUGGACCCCCUCCUCCUCUCAUCCCCUCCAGUCCAGUCCUGAUCUUUUUUUUUCUUUCUUUUUUAAAAAAAGAUUAAUUAAGCUGAAUCAUAUCCAUAUCCAUAUAUAUAUAAAAACAGACCGAUAAUAUCAGCUAGCUAGCACUCUGUUAGACAACCGUAAAUGGCAACUUACCAGGCCCUGCUACUACAUCUCGUGGCAGCCCUUGUCUUCUCAUCAGCCGUUUCCAGAGAUGUCCCUCCACCUCCACCUCUCCCUCCAAGAAGCCGAGACGUCCUUGUCGCGGUCGAAGAGAUGAAAGCGGCCAGUUAUUUCACCUUUGUCACGCUCAUCAACAUGACCCCUCCCGAUCUCAUCCUAGGAAAUGUCACCUUUCUCAUGCCUGAUGACAGGAUGCUUUCCAAGAUCAGUCUCGCUCAAGAGGACGUCUCAGGGUUCUUGCUUCGACAUUUGAUUCCUUCACCUAUGCUCCUCGAUCACCUCCAGCGCAUCCCCACGGGGUCCAUCAUCCCGACAUCCGCACCUGGGUACAUCAUGAGGAUCGAUAACGCAGGAAGGAAGAGCCUCUCCCUCAACAACGUAAAACUGAUCAGCCCUGAUAUAUGUGUCGCAGGGUCAUCCAUACGAUGCCACGGCAUAGGUGGAGUAUUACCAGCCGUAAAGAUGCCUUUUGGGAGCAAGGACGACACUCCAUUCCAGCAGUCACCACCAUCUUGCUCUACCGCUUCUUCUUCUUCUUCUUCUUCUUCUUCUUCUAACAUCACGAAUCCAAUUCCUCCAGCAGAACCGUUGCUGCCAUUGCCGCCUCCCUUGGGAAGUACUGAUCUUGAUCAUGUGCCAGCACCAGCUCCUCCAUUUCCUCACCAAAAAAACUCCGCUGCUACUCGACUGAUGAGAUCUUUUCUUCCGGUGGUAGGCAGUACUCUAACCUUUACUGUCGUGGCUGGGUUCCUUGCAACCUAGGAUCGAUGAUAUAAUUCAAAUCACCAUCCUGUACUUGAUGAAGGUUACGAUAUAUAUACAUUCUCACGAUGAUGAUGACUUAUAAUAAUAACGAUCGUCAAGGGUGAGUACGUAAUUGAAAAAUCGAGCAUCAACUUGAUCGGAGCUGCUUCUCUUCUUGUUUCUCCUGUGCCAGCUCAAUUUGGCCGCCAACAUAUAUACACAUAUUAUCUGGGAGACCGCUGGUGCAAGUAAUGGAUCUCUUUUGCUGCAUCUCUCCUUCCCGACCUUCUGUUGCAAUGGAAUCGGUCAUAUACUUCCAAUCCUAUGGAUACGCAUCCGCCAACACGCGUGCACUUAGUUUU